AACAGAUGGUUACGUAACACAUAUAUGUAUUCUACAAGUAUACGGAAUAGCAUCAGUCACUCAACGAAGUUUCAUUACAACUUUUCCAGCUGUUAUCGUUAGUUGCACGCAGGCCGUCAAGCGUAGUGAACGUCCAUAAAUUUAAUCAGUGAAUUUGUGUCAUUGCAAAUAGAUUGCAAUUAAUGCUGUAACGAACAAUUUUUAUAUUUUAAUCGACAUCAAUAUAACGUUAAAAUUUAUUUGUUACAGAAGUAAACAUAAGAUGGAGACAAUAGAUGAUCCGUAUUUGAGACACCUUUUCGAUGGAGAUUCCAUAUUUAAUGUUUACAGUAAUGCUACCAUAAACUUAUCAGUUGGUGCUCCCGGUCCUGACCUACUUCAAAAUCUACCAAAAAUGAUAGAAAAAGCGACGAAUCAUAGACUGGAGGAAGAACGCAAAGAAGGAAUGUACUAUCUUUUUCAAUAUGGCCCCACUGCAGGUUUAUGGGAAUAUCGGCAUGAAUUAGCAUUGUUUUUGACCAGGCGAUACUGCGAUCCAGUAAAAAUGGAAAAUUUGAUUUUGACUUGCGGUGCUACACACGGCCUUCAACUUUUGUUGAACACCGUUCUAUCACCUAAUGGAGUAAUUUUCGUGGAAGAAGUCACUUAUAUGAUUGCUUUAGAUAGUUUCAAACAAUUUCCAUUAAUGAAAAUAGUAACAGUACCGAUGAAAAAUGAUAUGGUUGAUUUAGACGCUUUCGAAAAAAUAGUCGCCAAAGAGAAAAUCAGUGGCGAAUUUCUUCACACGGAGGAGAAGAUAUUUUGGGCCAUGUUUUACACUAUUCCUACUUUCCAUAAUCCGACUGGUAGCACGUUGCCCCCAGAAAGUUGCAAGAGAUUAGUCGAAAUAGCACGUAAUUAUUCUGUGUUGGUUGCCUGCGACGACGUUUACAAUUUACUUUAUUAUGGAAAUGGUCCCCCACCGCACCGACUAUACUAUUAUGAUGAUCCAAUGGAUUCCGAAUACAAGGGUGGCAAUGUCAUAUCGAAUGGAUCAUUUUCGAAGAUUCUUUCGCCAGCAAUUCGUUGCGGUUGGAUGGAAGGUCCUCCACGAUUAGUAAAAAUCCUUAGAUCAUCAGGGAUUUUACGCAGUGGUGGUGCUGUUAAUAAUUAUAUGUCGGGUGUUGUGGCAAGUUUGCUGCAUCUGAGAAUUGAAGAUGAAUAUCUUGAUAAACUAGUUCAGAUUUAUAUGGAACGAUUGAAAACUGUAUGUGAUACAUUAAAGCGCUAUUUACCAACAUGCUGUUUUUUCCAACAACCAGAAGGUGGUUACUUUGUAUGGAUUCAUCUUCCAUCAGGAAUGGAUGGUAAUAAUUUUAUUAAAUGGUGUCAAACAGAGCAUAAAAUAUCAGCUAUACCAGGAGUAAGAUUUUCAUACAGAAAAACUUGUCAGAAUUAUUUACGACUGAGUAUAGGUUUUCAUAAAAAAGAGAUUUUAGAAACUGCUUCUCGAACCCUAUGCAAUGCUCUUCUACAAUAUGUUAGAAAUAAUACUUAAUCGACAAAUAUAGCUAAAUCUAGAUUUGAAAUAAUCAAUUUCACAAAAGUCUUAGGUAAAACAAAGUGAAAAAAGAUAAAAAUUAAAUUUUAUAUAAAGAGAAAGAGUUAUUGAAAUAGAAUUAAUUUAAUAAUAUACAAAUCCAUAUGCAUAGUU